CCGCCCCGGAGUUUCGCUCACUUGAGGCGCGGGCAGCGCGGACAUCGGACCCCGACCCCUGGGCGGCUCCGCAGCGCGGACACCGGACCCGGACCCUUGGGCGGCUCCGCAGCGCGGCGGUCCCGGCCCACACCCCCAGGUGCCGAGCGAGCUGCCCACUGGGCGAGGGAGCGCGGCCCACCGAGCCGGGGGCGGUGAGCGCGGAGCGGCCGGCCGCUGCGGUCCAGUCUCCGAGCUGUCCCUGCGGACUCCGUCAGGCUCCGGCGUCCUUCCCGGGUGCGACCCCGCGAGGCGGCGCGAAAACAGAGUAACCGGAUUCCAGCACUGUUUCCUUCGGCCUCGAACUUGGAGAGAUUUGCCGCGAAAACGAAAGUACAUAACUAUCUGGGCACAGCUCUGAGGUGAAGAAAAGGUGGUGUGUUUUUGAGCAUUCUGAGCAUCGGAAGGAAACCAGACAUGUCCUUGGAUGACAUUAAGAUGACAUCUAGUGACUUCCUGGAGAAGGAGCACCUAGACAGCGGGGGCUUCGGGAAGGUGUCUUUGUGUUUCCACAGGUCCCACGGGCUCGUCAUACUGAAGAAGGUGUACACGGGGCCUAAGCGGACAGAGUACAACGCGUCCCUCCUGGAGGAGGGCAAGAUGAUGCACAGGCUGAGACACGAGCGGGUGGUGAAGCUGCUGGGCAUCAUCAUAGAGGAGGGGAACUACUCCCUGGUGAUGGAGUACAUGGAGAAGGGCAACCUGAUGCACGUGCUGAAGGCCGAGAUCAGCAUCCCCCUUUCUGUAAAAGGAAGGAUAAUUAUGGAGAUCAUUGAAGGAAUGCUCUAUUUACAUGGAGAAGGUGUAAUACACAAGGACCUAAAGCCUGAAAAUAUCCUCGUUGAUGACAACUUUCACAUUAAGAUAGCUGACCUUGGCGUUGCAUCCUUUAAGACGUGGAGUAAGCUGACUAAAGAGGAACACAAUGAGCAGAGGAAAGCGGACAGUCUCUCUAAGAAAAAUGGUGGCACCCUCUACUACAUGGCGCCCGAGCACCUGAAUGACAUCAACGCCAGGCCCUCGGAUAAGUCGGACGUGUACAGCUUUGCCAUAGUACUGUGGGCAAUAUUUGCAAACAAGGAGCCAUAUGAAAAUGCUAUCAAUGAGCAGCAGCUGCUUAUAUGUAUUAAAUCCGGGAAUAGGCCAAAUGUGAAUGAAAUCAUUGAGUACUGCCCAAAGGAGAUUAUCAGCCUCAUGAAGCAGUGCUGGGAUGCGGACCCAGAAGUGCGGCCAACAUUUCUUGGCAUUGAAGGACAAUUUAGGCCUUUUUAUUUACAUAAUUUAGAAGAAAAUAUAGAAGAGGACGUGCAGAGUUUAAAGAAAGAGUAUCCUAGCCCAAAUGAAGUUGUGAAGAGAAUGCAGUCUCUCCAAAUAGACUGUGUAGCAAUACCUCCAAGCAGGUCAAAUUCAGCCACAGAACAGCCCCGUUCACUGCACAGUUCACAAAGUCUCAGGAUGGGUCCUGUGGAGGAGUCCUGGUUUGCUCCCUCCCCAGACUACCAGCAGGAGGAGGGUGAGCGCAGCCUGCAGAAUAAACUCCAGGAGGAAGCCAACUACCAUCUUUAUGGCAGCCGCAUGGACAAGCAAACAAAACAGCAACCCACACAAGGUGUGGCUUACAACAGAGAGGAGGAAAGGAGACGAAGGGUCUCCCAUGACCCUUUUGCACAGCCAAGACCUUAUGAGACUGUUCAAAACCCAGGGAUGAAAGGCCUUGCUUCUUCUAACACAGCCAGUCCUGGGAAUGCAGUACACCAACCAGCUGGACUGACCUGCCAAUCCCAAGGACUCCACUGGACUCCAUAUAAUCCGUAUGAUUUUAGAGCAAGACCAUUGGGUGCAGGAACAAUAGAUUCCAGAUUUUGGUCUGGGCCAAAUGCAAGCCAGAUACCCAACCUGCAUAAAACUCCAGUGCCUGAGACCAGCCUGCUGGGAAACACUCCCACCAUUCCAUUCCUCUCCCUGACAUCAAGAGAUGAGACUGCAAAAUAUGCCAUAUACAACAGUGCUGGCGUUCAGAUUGGAGACAAUAAUCGCAUGGAGGUUGGAGUGAGCUUGCCAUUACUGGACAGCACAUACGUGAACUGGAACGAGCCAGCUUCUAAGUACCAAGAUACCUUUGAUAAUACCACUAGUCUGACUGAUAAACACCUGGACCCAGUCAGGGAAAAUCUGGGAAGGACCUGGAAAAAUUGUGCCCGUAAACUGGGCUUCACCGAAUCUCAGAUUGAUGAAAUUGACCAUGACUAUGAGAGAGAUGGAUUAAAAGAGAAGGUUUACCAGAUGCUCCAGAAGUGGCUGAUGAGGGAAGGCAGUAAGGGGGCCACUGUGGGAAAGCUGGCUCGGGCGCUCUACCAGUGCUCACGCAUAGACCUUCUGAACUCUUUGGUGUUUAUCAGCACGAACUAACUAGAAGCAGCUUCGGCAGCAUGAAGUCAUCUCCUCACUUAGUGGGUGAGCCACUGAGAACGGGCUGCCUCAGACCACCCGUGAAGUCAACCCCCACUUAGUGAGUGAGCCACUGAGAGUGGGCUGCCUCACUGACCUGGGUUCUCUGUCUAUACAAAAAUCAUUCCCUGCAUUUCAUAACUGGAAAUGGGAAAGAAACCUACAGCAAACAACCCGCUAAACUCAAUGCCUGAGGCUUGAUGAAAAAAGAGCCUGGCCCUAGCUGGUUUGGCUCAGUGGAUAGAGCCUCGGCCUGCAGACUGAAGGGUCCCAGUUUGAUUCCAGUCAAGGGGCACAUACCUCGGUUGCAGAAUCCUUCCCAGCCCGGGCCCUGGUCAGGGCGCAUGCAGGAGGCAACCAUUUGUUGAUUUAAGAAAGCUAGGUUCUUAAAUCACAUUGUUUUGGCCUAAUGACUGCAUUCUCCAUUUGUUUCUCUCACAUCGAUAUUUCUCUCAGUCUUUCCUUCUCUCUUCCACUCUUAAAAAAAUCAAUGGAAAAAUAUCUUCAGAUGAAGAUUUUAAAAAAAGAAAAGAAAAAAGAAGCCUGAUGAGCUUUGAAAGGGAAAGCAGAAAUAUUUACAGGAGAUCAUUUUCUUUUACUUUAUUCCAUAACCUCCAAUUAUGCUAAAAAAUUUGGAGAAUGUAAACUAAAUCAGCUUUCUUAUUUUGUGCUCUUUUCUCCACAUAGGCUCCUAUUAUAAACAAAGUAUAGAAAAAAACCUAAGUUUUCUUUUUUUUUUAAUAUAUUUUUAUUGAUUUUUUUACAGAGAGGAAGGAAAAGGGAUAGAGAGUUAGAAACAUCGAUGAGAGAGAAACACCGAUCAGCUGCCUCCUGCACACUCCCC